UUUUAUGAAAUAUAUUAUGUAUUAUUUCAGGUACCCAUGAAUUUAUUCAUCAUGUACAUGGCUGGAAACUCAAUAUCCAUUUUCCCGAUAAUGAUGGUCGGAAUGUUGAUAAUUCGACCAAUUAAAGCACUCUUCACAAUGCAGACCACAUUCAAGAUGAUUGAGGGUAGUCAUGCAGCUGGACAGAAGAUCGUGUACUUCCUGGGUAACAUAGUGAAUGUGGCACUGGCCCUUUACAAAUGCCAGUCGAUGGGUCUGUUGCCGACCCACACCUCGGACUGGCUGGCGUUUGUGGAGCCUCAGAUCCGGAUGGAGUAUAGCGGUGGAGGAGCUGUCCUCACAUAGCCUUUGCCCAACCACAACACCUUUAUUGUUCACCAGAUUUUACAUUCUUAUAAAUUUUAGAAAUUAAUGUACAUAAUAAAAAUUUCUUAAUUAUAUAAAUGUAAAAUAAAUCAAAAAUGCAUAUUAA